AUGGCUAAAGGACUAACUUCUACAUGGCCUGAAAUACGUCAUCGUCUUUGCAUAUGGCAUAUAUUUCAAAAUGCUGCUAUUCAUCUCAAUCAUGUGUUUGAAAAUUUUAAACAAUUUGCAAAUGAUUUUAGUAGAUGUUUAUAUGAUUUUGAUGAAGAAGAAGACUUUAUAUCUGAAUGGGAUGCUAUGUUGAAGAAAUAUGAUCUUGAAGACAAUGAUUUGUUAAAUCGGAUGUUUAAAAUUAAAGAAAAAUGGGCAUUGGUGUAUGGAAGGGAAACAUUUUGUGCAGAUAUGACAACAACUCAAAGGAGCGAAAGCAUGAAUAGUGUGAUUAAAAGGUAUGUAACCUACAAGAAUAAAUUUCAUGAGUUUUUCAAUCAUUUUGAGAGAUUAGUUGAUGAUCGUAGAUAUAAAGAACUUAAAGCUGACUUUAGAGUAUAUACGAGUACUCCAGUACUACCAUUUGAUGUUGAUGUUUUGAAACAAGCUGCAAGUGUUUAUACUCCUGAAGUAUUCAAAUGGUUUGAAACUGAGUGGGGUAAAUCUCAUAAUUGUGGUAUAAUCACCUAUAGUGAGGUUGGAACGUUGACAGAGUAUAAGAUCACUCCUAAAGGCAGAAAAAACUAUCAUAUGGUUAGAUUUGAUUCAAUGGGCGAUCAGAUUUCAUGUAGUUGCAAGAAGUAUGAAUUCUCUGGGAUUUUAUGCUCUCAUUCUCUGAAAGUUUUUAAUAGAUUUGUGUAUACUCAAUUGGUCACAAAAGCUGCACAAACAAAAGAAACUUAUAAAAUUGCUAAAGAAGGCCUUUUGAAAAUAUUGGAUUUGGUUGAUGCAAGGUUACAUCAAGAGGGGUCGAGCAAUGAGAUGUCGAAUACAACAAAAGUUUGCAACCCCACAAAUAAUACUACUAAUGCGAGUGGUAUCAAUAUCAAGGCCAUUAAAAGAAAGGCAAGAACUAUUUCAGGCAAGAGAUUGAGAAGUAGUCUGGAGAAGGCUACUAAGAGAAGAAGAUCAACAAGAAGAUGUCAUCAUACUAAGGAGAUGUCAUCACAUAAUGAGCCUAUAGGAGAUACUAUAAAUAUUGUAUCUACGAGGUGCAGUAUGCAACAUCAUGGACUACAAGAGCAACGGCAACAAAAUGAUAUUACAUACAGCAUAAAUAAUGUUGAUGUUCUUAAUCAGCAAUUUUGUGGGGUUAUAGAACCUUCAAAGGCAAAUACAAAUGAGGUGAGCAUGAUAGAAUCUUUACAGUAUCAACAAGAAAUCUUUACUCAACCAUGUCAUUCUAUGCCAGUAAGUAUGAUAGAGUCUUUGCAAUCUCAAGAAAGCAACUUUCUACAACUAUGUCAUCCUACACCGUUUGUGAAUUUGGAUUUUAAUCAACAAAAUUAUGGCCAACUAUGCACUUUCAGUUCCAUGAACAUGACUGGCUUGCUCAAGGCACAAGAAUUACAUGGUUUCGGAGGAGCAAAAAUAAAUCAGUUCGAGUUGAAUGACAACUCUUGCACUAUGGGACAACAAGUUGGAGCAGAUUGCAAUGAUAAGUGUGGUUGUCUAGCUCCAUGCAUCAGUGAUAUUUCAUGCAAGUGUUCAAGUGGAGAAAAGACUUGA